UUCCCCUGCGCCGGCGGGGCUUCUCUCGCCCGCGCCCAGGCACCGCCCCCGGCGGAGGAGGUGCCGCCCCCUCGCCGGCCCGGGGCCAGGCGGCGGCUCGCGGCAGCGGCCGCACGGCGGGCGGGACCUAUGGCGGCGGAGGGGGACGCGAUUCUGAGAGCCCGGGGCAGGACUCUGACCGCCUUCCGCCAAGAUGAUGAGUACCAAUGGAAGGGGCCCUUCUACUUCAUCCAAGGAGCAGAUCCUCAGUUUGGACUGAUGAAAGCUUGGGCAGUUGGAGACACUAACAAUGGAGAUGAUGAAUGGGGAGAAGAAAUCAAAUUAGCAGAGCAAGCAGUGCAGGCCAUUAACAAACUAAACCCUAAACCCAAGUUUUUUGUGUUGUGUGGAGACCUUAUCCAUGGAAUGCCAGGAACUCAGUGGAGAAACGACCAAGAGCAAGAUUUAAAGAAUGUUCUGAAGAACACUGACCAGGACAUCCCAUUGGUAUUUGUCAGUGGAAAUCACGAUAUUGGCAAUACUCCAACAAGAGAAACAAUAGAUAAUUAUUGUAAGAACUGGGGAGAUGACUACUUCAGCUUUUGGGUUGGAGGUGUUUUCUUUCUGGUGCUGAAUUCUCAGUUAUACUUUGAUUCUUCCAAAUGCCCCGAGUUAAAGCAAGCCCAGGAUGUGUGGCUCAAUGAGCAACUGGCUGUCGCUGAAAAACAUAAAUGCAAGCAUAUAAUAGUAUUUCAGCACAUCCCUCUGUUUCUGAGAAAACCUGAUGAAGACCAUGAUUAUUUCAACUUGGAAAAAUCAGUUCGUCAAGAGAUAAUGGAAAAGUUCCAUAAAGCAGGCAUUAAAGCUGUAUUUUCUGGACAUUACCACAGGAAUGCUGGAGGAUUCUACAAAGGACUGGAAAUGGUGGUUUCAUCGGCAAUAGGAUGUCAGCUGGGAGAAGAUCCUCAUGGGCUUCGAGUGGUUGUUGUCACAGAUGAAAAGAUUGUUCACAGAUAUUACAGUUUAAAUGAACUGAGCAGUCAAGGCAUAGAGAAAGAGCUGCUAGAUAUGCUUGCUAAGCAAAAUUAGGCUAUGUCACAUGAUGUGAUUUUUUUUUCCCUAUUAGACAAAUAGAAACAGUUUCAGAAAGUUUCCCUGAGCUGAAACAGGGAUUUCUGAUUGUGCACAGCGCCCCAGAAGAGCUCUCAAUUUGUUAUCUUCCUAAAUAACAAGAAAGUUGUUGACACGUUUCUCCUUUUGAAAAUGAGACCUAUGAGGACUAUGGAAGAAUAGCAGAACUAAUACAGUAAUGUAUCAUUGAGAAGAACUGUUCUGAGAAUUUUUACUUUGCUCCUAAGUAAGACUUUCUUAUUAGAGAGAAACUGCAUCAGAGAGUACGUUGUAGCUUCUAGAUAACCCUUUAACUCAAGUCUGUUUUAGUUUUAUAUUUGAGAGGGUAUUUUAAAAUCAAUAAAUUUAGUCAUUUCUUUUAUGCUCUGGACAAUAUAAAUGUGGCAUUUUUUUAACUCUAUAAAAACAAAUCUCAAAAACUCCAAAAUCCACAGACUCCCGCUGACUUUUAGCAACCUGUGGACCAGGUCUUGUUACCUGAGGUCAUAUUUUCCCCCAUUUCCCAUACUUUAUUUUCUUAGCUCUUCAGAGCCAGCAACAAUAGGAGAGUUGCAAGGAGACUGGAAAUACAUCCUGGUUUGCAGUCACAGCUUGGGUUUCUGUUAUAUCCUAUAGUUUUAUGUAAUGAAAAGUCUACAAAUGAAGCUAAUAUAGAUGCCACUGACAGAAAUUAAACAUGGACAAUUAUUUUCCUUUUGAAAUUUAACUACCAUUCAAUUAGCAUAUAUUCUUGUUCAUAACUUCAGCAGUUGGAAUAAUUGUGUUAGGAGAAUAUUCUGUCCAGAAUACUGUUACCAGAAGUCACUUCGUUGAUUCCUAGACAAGGGGAGAGCUUUGAUUUUCAAAAGCAAUUUAAGAGUGCCUUACUGUAAUAUUAUACAAUAUUGAGUGUUGAAAACCCUAAAAAAGUGUAUUUUCUUCACUGGAGUAAAUCUUUAAAAAUAAAUGUUUAAAAAUAAAUUUAAUGUGCUGCAAUCCACCUGCGUUUUUUUGGCAAGUGUAUCUGAUUUGUUUACUGUUAAAUACCAAAAAAAUCUUCAUGUAAUUAACACAUACCUUUUUUUAUUUUUUAAGUAUUUAUUUGAACACAUUAUAACCCAUGCCACAGGUUAUCUAGAAAUAAAGAUAGCGCAGCUUUAGCACCUGAAGUGAAGAACAGAAGCAAUACUGGCUGAAAAACUAAUGCAUUCCAUCCGGUUUUAUGUAUACGCACUUACAACAUUGUUCCCUUGAGGAUAUUAUAGAUAUUUAAAUAUGGUGAGAGACAUGAAAUGCUGUGCUGAAGAGUCAGUUUCAUUACAUUUUAGUCACAACAGUUUAUCUAGGGCGCUCCUUCAAGCUUGAUUAGUGGGACGCACAAGAUUCUAAAAUCACCUCUGUAGCAUUCCCAUGCACCAGUGAAACAGCUGCACCUGCAGCUGGACAGGACCAAAUGUACACUACCAUCCCAUGACAGUAACCUAAGCAUAGGUAAUGUUCGAUUCAGAAAGAAAGAAAAGAAAGAAAAUUAUUUUGCUUUUAUUCUCUGCCUGGUUUUGCUUAGUUGAAUGUUUUCACAGUCUUGUUUUCAAGGGCACAUCUGGGAAAUGGGAACUAAAAUCUAAGGCUAGGUUACUUUGAAAUAGGUAAGUACCUCAGGACCCAAAUGGCAGUUUCACUGGAAGUUAAGCACCCAUUAGUUCAGAUACUGGUUUUAAAAAAAUCUGUGUACUCUGAUCUCUUUUAAGCUACUGACUACUUUUAAAACUUGGUCUUACGUAGCCGGGAGCUAUUUAGUAAUCACAGCUAAUUAACAAUUUCAAGAAUGAGAUGAUGCUUCUUUAUGUUUUGCAGAGGGAAGAACAGGCGCUCUCUGACUUACAUCUUUUAAGUUAGUUUAAAUCAUAAGGCUGAAGAAGUUCAGCAGAGGGACCCGAGAUAAUCUAAUAUUUUCUCUGCUCCAGCACAACGUUGUAAAGCUGAAUGGAGAAAAACUUUAAACUUUUUUUUUUAAUAUGCCUGUUUAUUAAAGGAUAGAGUUUUAACUAAAUAUAUGAACCUUGGGAAACUGAAGCAUAACUUUGGGAGAAAGUCUAUUGCCAAAUAUGAAAGUUGUGGUAUAUAGUGUUCUAAAAUUUUAUUUUCAGAGUUUUGGU